UAAUCAAAAUUAAUUGGAAAUAUUGUCAAUGUAAAAUCAGUUACCAAUUGUCAGUAGUUUAAGUAAAUCAAACAAUCAAUAGUAACAAAGUAUUUAUAUGUAAAUAACGGUGAAAAUUAAUCAUUGUAUCACAACGAUAGUUCUGGUCAUCGAUAAGUUUCAAUAAGUUUUGUCUGAAUUGUUCUGAACUUUUGUGAAGACUUCAUUGUUGUUUUAUGGACAAAAUGAAUUCGAUAAGUGAAAAACCAAAAGAAAUUGAUCCAGAUGAUUUGCCAUUGGAACAUGAGAAAGGUGAAACUUCACCUGAUUAUGAGCCUCAGAUUGUUUGGAGAAAUGUUCUACUUCAAAGUUUAUUACAUUCGAUCAUUUUUCUCGAGAUUUGGUACCUUUACCGUUAUCCAGAGGAACGAAGUAACUUUGGGAAAUUGAUGAAAUUCGGGACAAUAUAUACAGUGUUUUUCAGUUCGAUGGGAGUGACUGCUGGUGCUCAUCGUUUGUGGUCUCACAAAUCGUAUAAAGCGAAAACACCAUUACGAGUUUUUCUUGCGAUCGCAUUUGCGUCAUGUGGACAAGAUGAUAUUCUAACAUGGGCUCGAGAUCAUCGAGUUCAUCAUAAAUAUUCUGAGACUGAUGCUGAUCCACAUAAUGCGAAUCGAGGAUUUUUCUUCUCACACCAAGGUUGGCUUCUUGUCAAGAAACAUCCAGCGGUCAAGGAGAAAGGUAAAACCGUUGACCUGUCAGAUCUUUACGCUGAUCCAGUAGUCGUUUGGCAAAGGAAAUACUAUUUCUGGAUCGCAAUGGCAACGAUUGCUGGUAUUCCGAUAGCAUUUCCCUACUAUUAUUGGGGAAUCCCUUUCUGGCAUUGUUUCUAUGCUUCAGGUAUUCGUUUACUUCUUGUCCUUCAUGGUACAUGGUUGGUCAAUUCAGCGGCUCAUCUUUGGGGAACCAAACCUUACGAUAAAACGAUUGGUCCAGUUGAGCAAAAUUUCUGGAAACUCUGGGUUUGGACUGGUGAAUUUUAUCAUAAUUUCCAUCACACUUUUCCCCAAGAUUAUAAAGCAUCCGAAUGGGGUUGGAUUGGUCAAGUCAACACGGCCGCCAUGUUUAUCGAGCUAAUGGCCUGGCUUGGUCAAGCUUAUGAUCUUAAGACGACACCUCGAAAUGUGGUUAACUCUCGAAAGGCGCGAACUGGUCAGUGGUUUUCAACGAAAAAGAAAAAUGAAAAUAAAGAGGAAAUCAAAGCCAAUUGAUUGUCUUCGAUUAUCAAUCAAAUAUUUUUUUUCAUUAUUCUGAUUAUUCAUUAAAAUUACCUAUGGAAAAUCAAUACUCUAAAAAAAAUCCAACUUUGUUAUUGAAAUCUUGAUUAUAAUUAAAACUGUUAACUGAAUUAAUCACUUUUUUUUAAACCCCAUUGAUACUAAUCCUAACUGAUCAAUUGUUUUACUGUUGAAAGUAGAUUGAAUAAAGUGGAAACAAUUAAAUGAUGAUUUACUUGA